ACAUGCUUUGAACCAAUGUUAAAUAUUAAUGUAAAAUACUGCUGUAUGCCUUAUCAAAUAAGUAACCAACCCAGUGUAGUGUGGGAACGUUGUACUUGACUAACUGUUGUCAGACAUGGGUAAGACCAACAGAACUCACAUCCAAAGUGUUCCUAUCGAGGAGACACUGGACCAGGAGCUUGCAUCUCUGCCGGAGAAGUUGCAGAAAAAGUUGAUGCCCUUUCAGCGAGACGGGAUCAAAUUUGCUCUGUCGAGGAAGGGAAGAUGCAUGAUUGCAGAUGAGAUGGGUCUGGGUAAGACCAUCCAGGCCAUCUCUGUGGCGAGCAUGUACAGGCACCAGUGGCCCCUGCUGAUCGUGGUGCCCUCCUCCCUCAAGUACCCCUGGAUAGAGGAGCUGGAGAGGUGGCUACCAGACCUGCAGCCUGGAGACAUCAACCUGGUGGAGAGCAAGACAGACACCAAGGGCAUCAGCGUGAGCAAGGUGACGGUGCUGGGAUACGGGCUGCUCACCACGGACGCACGCCAGCUGGUGGAGGCCCUGAACAAGCAGUGUUUCCAGGUGGUGGUGGUGGACGAGUCGCACUACCUGAAGUCACGCAACGCAGCCCGCACCAAGCUACUGGUGCCCAUCAUACAGAACGCCAGCAGAGCCAUACUGCUGACCGGCACGCCUGCACUGGGCAGACCAGAGGAGCUCUUCAUGCAGAUUGACGCCCUAUACCCAAAGCACUUUGGCACCUGGUCCGAAUACGCCAAGCAGUACUGCAACGCACACUACAGGUAUUUCGGGGCGCGUCGUCAGUGGGACUGUCGCGGGGCGUCUCACCUGGAUGAGCUGCACCAGCGUCUGGGCCAGGUGAUGAUCAGGAGGCAGAAGGCCCAGGUGCUCACCCAGCUGCCCCCCAAGGUACGCCAGAGGAUCCCCUUCGACCUGCCCAAGGACCAGGCCAAGGAGGCGAGCUCCAGUCUGGAAGAAUGGGAGAGGCUGAUGCGGAGUGCAGGCAGUGGGGCGUCGGGGGUGAUGGGGGCGGGGGUGCCUGAUAACCCCUUUGUGGAGGUCAUGGCUCUUAUCACCCGCAUGUACAAGCACACAGCUGUGGCCAAGGCUGGUGCAGUGAAGGACUACAUUAAGAUGAUGCUGGAGAAUGAGAAGCUCAAGUUCCUGGUCUUCGCCCAUCAUCUCGUCAUGCUGCAGGCUUGCACUGAAGCUGUCAUAGAGGCUAAGGCCGGCUACAUCCGUAUUGAUGGGAGCGUUCCGUCGUCGGAGAGAAUCCAGCUGGUCCAUCGCUUCCAGAACGAGCCGGAAACACGAGUAGCCGUACUGAGCAUACAGGCAGCAGGACAGGGUCUGACGUUCACGGCGGCAACUCACGUGGUGUUUGCGGAGCUGUAUUGGAACCCGGGCCACGUGAAGCAGGCUGAGGACCGAGCCCACCGCAUCGGGCAGACCUGCUCCGUACACGUACACUACCUCAUCGCCAAGGGAACCUUCGACACCGUCAUGUGGAGCAUGCUGAACAGGAAGGAGACGGUGACGGGCAGUACGCUGAACGGUAAGAAGGAGUACCUGAAUGCGGAGGUUGGGGACAAGGACAAGUUUGACUUCCUGAACUUCGCUCAGGCCUGGAGCCCCAGCGAGGCCACCGCCGCCGCCACCAACGGCCCCGCACACGACAAGGACGAGGUCUUCUUCUCUCACUUUGAGAAAGACAAGCAGCACGACAUCCGUGCCUUCUUCUCGCCCUCCUCCAACAAGGAGAAGAAGCGGAAAAGACCUGGAGAGGACGAGGAGACGGAGAGAAAGGAAGAGAAAGACAUCAAGACCGGUGAUGAUAAUGACUGUAUCUGUACCACUCCUCUAAGACCUCCACCCCCAUCCCAAGAUGCCCUGCACUCAAACCCCCCCACCACCACCACCACCACCAUCAUCACCCCCACCCCCAGCCCCCCUCCCACCACAGACCAGGACUUUGCCCCACAGGCGAAGAGACUUCGGCAGGCCACCCCUGUGUCAGCGAGAGGCAGGGGCAAGAGAGUGUCCGUGGGGGGCAAGAGCAGCCCCCUGGCCGCUCUGAUGAUGCCCCCGCGCAGGCUGUCGGAGGGGCAGGUGGGGGUGAAACAGAAGUGGAGCUGUGGGGCGUGUACCUAUAACAACAGCGGCCUGCUGCCAUACUGCGAGAUGUGUGAAUCACCGCGACCUGGACACGCAACGGUCGUUGGGAGUUCACAGACUACCACCACCUCCACUCCUCCAGAAUCACCACCGCCCUCGCCCCAGGCUGCCAGCCCCAGCACAGCGCACCCUGACUCGGCCAUGGAACUGGCGACCAGGUCCCCUCAUCCGCCAGCCCUGUCGUCACUAACAUCCAAGGCAGACACCCCACUGAGAGGGGACGGGGAGGCAUGUGCGCCCCAGCAGGAGAACUCAGGAGGGGAUGUGCCCUCGCGGACCAGCACAGAUGCGUGUGAAGAGUGUGUGACAGACAAGAGUCUGCUAGAGGUGUGUGUGGGCGGUGAUGGUGAUGGUGAUGGUGAUGGUGCUGGUGCUGACGAGAGCCAUCCCCUCUACGAGUGCCUGAGGUUCAGCGCCAGCCGACACACAGACAGGAUCUACAUCUACGACAAGGAUGGGUCUCCUCUGCAGUCUAGUUUCAUCCCUCUGGACAUCAAGCUGGAUAACUGGGAGGAGCUGCCCCCCGCCUUCAGCCGCAGAGAGAACAGGAGACUGGUGCAGCGUUUUGUGCGAGAGUGGAGCUCCCUGACGGCCAUGAAGCAGAGGCUGGUGAGGAAGAGCGGAGAAGUCUUCCUCAGUCCCGCACUCCUCAUCGACCAGCUCUCCAGCAGCCAACGCAGACUCAGCAGCACCAAGAGGUAUCUCACCAAGCAGGACGUAGCGCAGGCGUCCCUGUCCAAGGCCCAGAAGGAGGGGGGCACAGUGCGGGUGGUCAGCCCAGAGAACUUCUUCUCCAAGCGGAAGUCCAUCACCACCACCACCAUCACCACCACCCCUCCUCCUCCUCCCCCAGCUCCAUCCUCCCAGGAUGAUAGCACCUCCUCCAACAAAGAUUCAAAUGGCCAUGGUAAGACCACUUCCAGUCCCGACGCAGCCCCAGACACGGGGUUCCUGCAGGCAGUGGACGCCUCGGGCACCCCCCUGUGCCUAUCAUGCCAGCGGCCGUGUGUGGAGGACGAUGCCAGUGCCAGCGCCGCGGACGACAGGCGCUUCUGCGGGCGGGCGUGCGAGGAGGACUUCCGGGUGAGGUCGAGCCAGAGCUACAUGCGGGCGCGCGUGCUGGAGACGGAGAAGGGCGUGUGUCAGCAGUGCGGCCUGGACGGGCACCAGCUGUUCCAGAGGGUGCGGGACGCGCCCGCCUCGCAGAGGAAGCAGAUCCUGGAGAACACCUGGCUGGCACAGCUGCCACUCAAAGAGCUCAAUGAGAUGAUCCGUAGUCCAUAUGAGGGUCAGUUCUGGCAGGUGGACCACAUCAAGCCAGUGUAUGGCGGGGGAGGACAGUGCUCACUGGACAACCUGCAGACACUCUGUACCGUCUGCCACAAAGGGCGUACAGCCCAGCAGGCCCGUGAGCGUAGCCAGACGAAGCGGAGUGAAGUGGCCAUGAAGUUCUCCUCCGACAUCACCAGAUUCUUCCAGAAAAAAUGAAGCUACCUCCAUUUCUCUGCCCAUUCCUCUAGCAGCAGCUGUUCUGCGCUCCACCCCUACGGUAUCUCUCCGGCUUUGUUCAAAAAUGAUUAUCUCAUUCACUACUGUGAAGGGCUCUAUGUUGGAGUGCUAAGUAAGGGUUAAAGUUCGGCGAGAAGGUCGCUACC